AUGGAAGUUCGUCGUCGAUUAGAAAAUCAAGAAGUGGAGCAAGAAUCAAUAUCAGAAUCAGAAGAAAACCAAUCAAAUGAUCCUCAUCAUUCAUCUGCAUCAUCUGAAUCUUCCGACAAUGAAAAAUCUUCUAGGCAAUUAUCAACAUCAAACCAAAGCGAUUGGAAAAGAGAUAAAAAAAACAUUGGUCUUUUGUUAUUUCUUUAUCUACUACAAGGUAUACCUCUGGGUAUGGCAGCAUCAAUUCCACUCAUAAUUCAAACAUACGGUGCUAGUUGGUCACAACAAGCACUAUUUUCAUUUGCUUUCUGGCCAUUUAGUCUUAAACUUCUUUGGGCACCUAUUGUUGAUGCUUUAUAUUUAAAACGAUUUGGUCGCAGAAAAACAUGGCUUAUACCAAUUCAAUAUAUCAUUGGAUUUGUAAUGAUUCUUCUAUCCUAUUAUAUUAAUGGUAUUCUAGAUGAAUCAGCACCAAUAUCAACUAGUCAUCAUCCCCGUAUUUAUUUUUUAACAUCAAUAUUUUUUGGUUUAUCAUUUUUGGCUGCAACUCAGGAUAUUUGUGUAGAUGGUUGGGCUUUGUCAAUGCUGUCAAAAGAAAAUCUAGGUUGGGCCAGUACUUGUAAUUCAGUGGGUCAAACAGCGGGUUAUUUUUUGGGAAAUGUUGUUUUUCUUGCACUGGAAUCAAAAGAUUUCGCUAAUCGAUUUAUACGUCAACCAUUACAUAUGGAAUUACAAAUAACUGGAUUGAUUACAUUACCUGGUUUUCUUCUCUUCUGGGGUAUUAUUUUCGCAAUAUCAACAACAUUAGUUGCAUUAUUCAAACAUGAAGUAGACGAAACAAUUGUUUCAAAUGAACCGCACUUUGGCCUUGUUGACACUUAUAAGGUUCUCCUGAAAGUUCUUCGUUUACCAUCAAUUCGUAGUAUGGCAGUGAUCUUAUUAACCAUCAAAAUUGGUUUUUCUGCCGUAGAUUCAAUGACGGGACUUGAAUUAAUUGAACGUGGCGUUAAAAAAGAUUCAUUAGCUUUAUUAGCCAUUCCAUUAACACCAUUGGAAAUUUUAUUACCAUUCUUCAUUGCAAAAUAUACAACUGGACGAAAACCAUUGAAUGUAUUUGCUAAUUCACAUCCAUUCAGAUUAUUCCUUGGUAUUAUCAUGGCUCUAUUUGUUUAUUUUACACCAUCAUUUCAAAAUUAUAAUAAAACAUUCCCUUGGUAUUAUUAUGCGUUAGCUAUUCUAAUAUUUAGCAUACAACAAAUAUUUGUAUACAGUAUGUUUGUUUCUCAAAUGGCAUUUUUUGCACAGGUUAGCGAUCCAAAAAUAGGUGGAACAUACAUGACAUUACUUAAUACAUUAACAAAUCUAGGUUCUAGUUGGGUCUCAACAGCUGUUUUAUACUCUGCUGAUUUUCUAACAUGGAAAAAAUGUACACUAAGUGAUGGUGGUUGUCGAACACCAGCUGACGAAAAAAAUUGUGCCAUGUUAGGUGGCAUUUGUCGACCGUUUAUUGAUCCAUAUUAUAUAGCCGUAGCAAUAUCUACCAUAGCCGGAAUUAUUUGGAUUAUAUGGAAAUAUCAAACGAUGAUGCGUUUACAAGAUCUACCAAUAAGUUCAUGGAAAGUACCCGAUGAAAAUCCGAAAAAGAAAUCAUUGUGA